GACUAGAUCUAGAGCGUAUUAUGUCCCUAACCCCAGCCAAGAAUUUCAUUCGAAACAUUGUUGUGGGGAAAAAGUACGGAAGUUGGGCGGACGACUUGAAAGCGGGAGAUAAAAGGCAACAAUUUUAAUGCUUCCUUGGCAAAGUAUGAUUUGGAGGCACUGUUUUGAUAGAACGUUAUUGUUUUCACACAGAAGAGGACUAAACUAAUUUAUACGCCGGUAGAGAGAAUAAUAAUAAUUCUGUGACAAGUGUGACCCAUCGGAUAGAUUCUAGAUCUAGAUCUAUAUUAUACUAAAGAGAUCUCUACUCUAGACUAGACUGGACACCAACAGAUCUAUCAAAUUUGAAAUUAACUUCAAUCCAAGUAAAUUUUAAUUAGAAUGGAUAAUCAUAAUGGGAUGGGAGAACCACUAAGUAUCGUCAAUUGUGUCGAUGGAUUACUAAACCAUGACAAAGAGGACCUGGUGGAGAGGGUCAGUUAUCUGGAGAAGAAAGUCCAACAGCAAGAGGAUGAAAUAGUGUGCCUCAAGUCUGCCUUAGCUGAUGUCAUCAGAAGGCUUGGUUCUGUGGAGCAGGUCUCCCAGAACAGUGCCUCAUCCUCCAGGUCUGCUAUGAGACUUACUUUAAGCAGACCACGUUCCAUGACUGGUAGCAGCAGCACAAGUAAAUCACACAUGAACGCUCUUGAAAAUGUCAAUGUCAUGUCCUACAGGAAUGCCCCGUCAUCGUCCAGGGCUGCCAACAAAAGUGUGCGCCAUGCUUCUGCUCUAACCAAAUGGUCAUCUCUGUCCACAUCAGUGGAGAUGUCCAACACAGCACUGACACCCACAUCCCGGAGCACAUCUCAUGGGAACCUUUUGUUGCAUCCAGGUCGGAGCAUGGCCAACAGAUCAAAAGAGCCCCAAUGGAAUCAAGAGGAGGGUUCACUCAGGUUAUUCUUGAGGGGACGUGCUCUAAAUUUUUACGGACCAAGCGACCUUACAGAUUACAAUAUCAGCAAACAGGCAGAUGCGCCAUCAGAAACACUUCAGCUAGAGUGGGUCUAUGGCUAUAGGGGCAGAGACUGCAGGUCUAACCUUUAUUAUCUCCCGACUGGGGAGAUCAUUUACUUUACUGCAGCUGUAGUUGUUCUUCACAAUGUAGAGGAGCAGACACAGCGGCACUAUCUGGGUCACACAGAUGACAUUAAAUGUCUAGCUAUUCAUCCUGAUAAAAUCAAGAUAGCCACUGGUCAAGUAGCUGGGCAUGAGCUGAGAGAGACUAAGCCUCAAGCAAAGAAAAAAAGUGCAGCUCCAGAUGAGAGCCUACCCCAUGUCAGAGUCUGGGAUUCUGUUAGCCUGAACACACUCCAUGUCAUAGGACUUGGUGUCUUCAACAGAUCAGUCUGUUGUUUGUCUUUCUCUAAACUGGAUGUUGGCCAACAGUUGGUAAUUGUUGAUGAGGCUAAUGAGCAUAUCAUGACUGUAUGGGACAUCAGCAAAGAGAAACCUCACAAAAUAGCUGAGACCAAGAGCUCUGGAGAUCCAGUUCUGGCUGUUGAAUAUCAUCCAUUAGAGAAGAACCAAAUAGUUUGUUGUGGAAAGGGCCAAAUAUCAUUCUGGACAUUAGAGGGAGGAUCACUUGCUAAAAAACAAGGCAUUUUUGAUAAAUAUGAGAAACCUAAAUACAUUUUGUGUCUUGCCUUUGCUGACAAUGGAGAUGUGUUGUCUGGUGACUCUAAUGGCAACAUUUUUGUCUGGGGAAGAGGAAGUCAAAGGAUUAUCAAUGCCAAACUUGCUGCUCAUGAUGGUGGAGUAUUUUCCCUUUGCGUCUUGAAAGAUGGAAAUCUAAUCUCAGGGGGAGGCAAAGAUAGAAAAAUCAUUCAGUGGGACAACACAUACAAUAAGACUGGACCAGAAACUGAGUUGCCAGAAGCUUAUGGUCCUGUGCGUACAUUAAGUCAAGGUAAAGGUGGCCUUAUUCUAGUAGGAACUACAAAGAAUUGUAUUCUUCAUGGCUCACUGGACUUGGAAUUCUCUCUGAUUGUACAGGGUCACACAGAUGAGUUGUGGGGACUUGCCUCCCACCCCUCACAGCAUCAGUUCCUGACCUGUGGCUCAGACAAGCAACUGUUUCUCUGGGACACCCAGUCAAGAAGUGUGGUCUGGAACAAGGAAAUGAAUGAUGCUAUUCACAGCUGUUGCUUCCAUCCAAGGGGUGGCAUUGUAGCUGUGGGGACAAGUGUGGCCAGGUGGCUAGUCCUUGACCUUGCCACACGUGAAAUCAUCUCAGUUCAUACUGAUGGCAACGAACAAAUAGAAUGCAUUCAGUAUUCACCUGAUGGCUCAAUGAUUGCUGUUGGUUCCAGAGACAAUUACAUUUAUGUCUACAGUGUUUCUGAGGAUGGGAAAAAAUAUUCCAAGAUUGGUAGAUGUUCUGGUCAUUCCAGUUUUGUAACUCAUGUUGACUGGUCUGAAGACAAUCAAUACUUGACUAGUAAUUCUGGAGACUAUGAAAUAUUGUUUUGGACUGCCAGUAGCUGUAAAAUGUUGACCAACACACAAGUAAUUAAAGACAUCAAGUGGGCGACACAGAACUGUGUCUUGGCAUUCAACACUGUUGGGAUCUGGCCAGAAGGUGUUGACGGUACGGACAUCAAUGGCUGCUGUAAGUCUCACAAUGAACGCUUCCUUGUCUCCUGUGAUGACUUUGGUAAAGUUAAUCUAUUUUCAUAUCCAGCUAUACAACCAAGGAGUGCCUGUCAUUCCUACAAGGGCCACAGUAGUCACGUGACAUCAGUCUCAUUCUUAUUUGAUGAUUCCCGUUUGAUCUCCACCGGAGGGAAAGACACAGCAGUUCUUCAGUGGCAGGUGGUCUAGAACACACACAUCACUUGGACUGUUGCUCAUGGAGACAUGUUUUGUAGUUUUAUUCUAACCAUUUAUGCGAUCACAUACUGUUGUAGUUUGGUCUAUUAUGCAACCUCUUUAUUUCAUUUCAUCUGAAGUUGAAUUUCAAGCUUUCCUAUAUUAAACACAAAACGGCAGCGUUUAUUUUUACUGUGUGUAUAAAAUCUGCAGACGUUUUAAAGCUUUGCCAAAAUAUUUUCUAUAUGUUAGCAACAUGUUACGAGUCCAACAUUUAUCACUAAGUUGGUGAUGCCUUUCUAAACCUAGAAGAUAGUCAAACUAAUAUUAAGUAGAACAUCAAGUGAUCUGUAGUAUUUAUAAUAUAAAAGUGUUUAGAGACUAGUUUAAAGAUGUUCUCUCUGCUGAACUGUUCAGUUUCUGAUAUGACUGUUGAAGUGUUCAACAGUGGAUACUGACUGUUGAACUUAUCAACUUUAUUGUGAAAUUAUUUUCCUUGGACUAUUUUCCUAUACAAUACUAUUCAUAUAUUCACGACAUUUUUGACUUAUCACUUUGCAACUAGUGAGACUGACGGUUCAGAUUGGUCAAUUCUUUGUCUUCUUGUUUGUACACUCAAUGUUGUCAAGUCUUUGUGAAGACUUUUGUCCAGCUAGUAGUAGAUUGCUUGUAAUCUAAAUCAAAAGAACAAAGUGGAGGGGUGGGAGGUCUGAUCUAGUUCUAUAAGGAACUGACAUUGAACUAGAUGCUUGCACUAGUAGUAGCCUAGUUUUAGCACUAUUUUGGAAGUCUGCAGUCGAAAGAAGCCAAGGUUUGGUUGAAUACAAAGUAAAAUAAUUGAUAUUUAUGGCAAAAUGUUUUUACUGCCAGCUAGCAUUUACUGUGAGAAACUGAAAUGGAUCUAAAUAGGAAAUUAAAGAGCAUUGAUUCUGUUUCUGUAGACUAACAUUCUUGUCUUGUCCUGUCAGUACUAACAUUUGAAAAACAGAUUUCCUGUCUAGUCUGUCAGUGUUGUAAAUGAUGGUAGCCAUGCAUUAUAUGCUUUGGAGACAUUUCUGCCAUGUCACUGACCUCUAACAUGUCUCUCUAGAAAAAAAGGUUCUCACUGUAUAUUUAAAAGGACACAAGUGUCUUGUCUCAACUGAGUCAUUCCUUAACUUACUUAAAGUGUCUGACAAAUUGCACUGUUUUCAUUCAUUUUUUAAGUAUUUGUGAUAACAAUUCAACUACCUAUUGUGAAUCUUUUUAACAUAUAUACAUUUAUAUAUUUUAUGUUUCUUAUGACAAUAAACAUUUCAGUGUCUACAAA